ACCCGAGCUCACACGGUCACUAUGGAAUCCUUUCCGUCAUCUGCGAGCUCUCCGCGGUCAUGGACAUGGUAACCGUUGCGCAUCAGCUGAUUUAAGAGCCGUGUUCAUACACAACCCCGUGCUAUUUCUGCGUAAGAAGCUUAUCCCAUCCCAGUUGUAACACAGCCUUUCGCCAAAUCUGAAAUCACUGCAGACUGUUGAAACGGAAUUCCGGGGGUAACUACGCGCGUAAACAGGAGCGAGACUGAAAUUAAGGUGUUUCAGCCAAUUCUUCCACAACAGUCAUUCAGGGAGCAAUCGCCGAGUUCGCCGACUACGGGGGAAGUUUUGAUGGAAGCGGUUGUUGCGCGACGGUGAAAAGCGCCUGGGGUAAGGAGGCGCCCCUAUCGCGCUCUCCCUCUCAAUUCAGAUUGUUUUGAUGCUCCUGCCCGACUCUGAGACGAGGAUAGAUGGCGAGGAUGCGGGUAUCCUACGAGUACUCGGAGGCGGAGGACAAAAGCAUAAGACUCGGUCUUUUUCUCAUCGUCUGUGGCAUCGUGUCGCUUUUUAUCCUUGGGUUCUGCUGGCUGAACCCCACGCUGCAAAGCAUGCAGAGCAAGCCGGCGAACUGCACCGUGGUGUCGGUGCGGCGAGUGGAGGAGAUGUUUGAGUGCGUCUUCACGUGCGGGGCGGACUGCAAAGGCACGUCUUCGUACCCGUGUCUGCAGAUAUUUGUCAAUAACUCCGAGUCCAAUUCCGUAGCUCUGCUGCAUUACGACGAACAGCAGUUGGUGCUGAAUCCUAAGUGCUCCUAUGUUCCCCCCUGUGAGAGGGACAACCAGAAGAACCAGGAGAAUGUGCUAAGGUGGCAGGACUACUGGACCGAAGAGGUCAGCUCCCAGUCCUUCACCUGCUUCUUCAACCAGCAACGCAGGCCGGAUGACGUACUGUGGAAGCGCAGCCACGACGAGGCUGUGCUGCUGCACUGCGUGCUGUGGCCCCUGGUGAGCCUGCUGCUGGGCACCCUCAUCGUCCUGCUCACCAUCUGCGCCCGGAGCCUGGCUGUGCGCGCCGAGGCCAUCAAGAAGAGGAAGUUCUCCUAGAGGGGGUCAGGGGGGGCAGGGGGUGAGGGCAGCCCGCUCUCUCUCUGACCGCGGUGGUGACAGCGAAUGAUGGAGAGGCUUUACCGUACCACCCCCCAUCAGACGGAAGGCACCGAAGGACAGCAACUGGGUUCUCUGGAGCUGUAGGAUGAUCUAAGUGCUCUGGUCAUGCCGUAUGAGGAUCUCAGUUCUCUGGUUAUACUGUAUGAGGAUCUCAGUUCUCUGUAUGGUCAUGCUGUAUGAAGAUGUCAGUUCUCUGUAUGGUCAUGCUGUAUGAAGAUGUCAGUUCUCUGUAUGGUCAUGCUGUAUGAAGAUGUCAGUUCUCUGUAUGGUCAUGCUGUAUGACAAUCUCAGUUCUCUGUAUGGUCAUGCUGUAUGAGGAUCCCAGUUCUCGGUAUGGUUAUGCUGUAUGACGAUCUCAGUUCUCUGUAUGGUCAUGCCGUAUGAGGAUCUCAGUUCUCUGGUUAUACUGUAUGAGGAUCUUAGUACUAUGUAUGGUCAUGCCGUAUGAGGAUCUCAGUUCUCUGGUUAUACUGUAUGAGGAUCCCAGUUCUCGGUAUGGUAAUGCUGUAUGAUGAUCUCAGUUUUCGGUAUGGUUAUGCUGUAUGAUGAUCUCAGUACUAUGCUCAUACUGUAUGAUGAUCUCAGUACUAUGCUCAUACUGUAUGAUGAUCUUGUAGCAGGAGGUGCAGUCUUUUGCCUCCUCUCACUAGUCAUACGCUCCCGCUGCAAGAAGCUGCACACAAAUGCUCCUCCAUCUUUUUUGUUUGUCUAUCUGUAUGUCUGUGUGUCUGGUCUUUGCUCUUCGGUCUUCGGUUCAUGUCUCUCGUUGUGUAAGUGUGCAGAAAUCCCAGCUCCACUGCAAUUGCAACAGGAAUAGACUUUGUGAACAGUGCAUUGCAGACUUUUGAGGCUGCCAUAUGUAAUUGUUUGAAGUAGCUUACAUACUGCAAAUACAAGCAAAAAGCAAAACGCAUUCAACUUUGUAUACAUUACUGGGUUUGAAACGCAUGAAGGCCACAUUCGGUGACUCUCCCUGACCUUUCUGUGAAAUGACAUGGAGACCUAGGGGAAUUUGUGUCCUUCAGUGAAUGUUUGCUCUGUGAAGAAAGAAAAAACUAAAGUGUGAAAGUGCUUCUGUGAAAACAGAAAACGCUGGGGAAGUUGGAUGAAGCAAUUUAUAAACUAAGUAUCAUUCACCGUGCACUUUGAAUACUCAAACAAAUGCAUCGCAUUUAGAAAUACUGCUUGUGUUCGUCCCAAAAUACUCCAAUGAAUGUAAGCUCAGUGAUAAGGUGAACUGUUGAUAGCCAUCAACAGUUUAUUAAAGCUUUCAAAUUACACAAAUAAACGAGUAGGUGUUAAGAUACAUCAAUAUACACAUAUAAAUGACAACAGACAACUGCCAUCACUGUCACAUAUACGUGUAUGUCGAUAGUUUCAAAGAAAACAGCCCUCAGUGCCUGGAUCGGUGACACUUCCGUGUAAAGUUCUCCACUUUGUAGAGCCAACUUAUAUUUAAUUCCGACAUGCCCCCAUUCUUUCCAUUUUAAUUUAAUAUCACUAUUUUAUGAACAUUCUUUCAAAGUAUUUGCUAUAGUUUUACUUGUUCUUAUUUAUACAUACAUGUAUAUAUACAUGUAUAAUAAUGUAUAUUAACAUAUGCUUUUAUAUAAGAGCAGGCUUAAAACAAACACACACAAACACAGGCAGUAUUGCGGGCAGAAACUCCUUCACUGUGCUGUAACUACUUCGUAGAAUGUAAUAAAACAAGUACUAAAUCUGAA